CCGCGUAAGCUAUUAAAGACCGCCAUUUUGUGUUAGGCCUAUUCUUCCAAAGCGGGAGAAAAUUAUUAGCGGAACCCUCAGCACGCACGGACGGUCACAGCGGGAUUGAAGACGACAGCCACAGACUUUGAGCUUCACAGUUAAUAUUACGGGAGAAACAAACUGCGAAGAGUGCCUGCUGCCAUGGAGGGCGAGGCUGUUUCCAUGGAUACUGCUCAGGCUGCUGAUGGAAAGGUCCUGCCUGAGGAUGGAGAAACCUUGAUACAAGGAGUGACCCUUGCCCCACAGGGUGAAGUGACUGGUAAUGUGGAGAUGAUGGUGAUGGAUGCUCUUGAUCCUACUCUGCUCCAAAUGAAGACAGAGGUGUUGGAGGCCGGUAACACAGUGACAGUUACGGGUGGAGACGAGGGUCAGAUCAUCACACUGCAGGUGGUGAAUAUGGAGGAGCAGGCAGGGGCUGCAUUAGGUCUUGGCCAGCUUCAGCUGGUGCAGGUGCCAGUGACAACAGGAACUGUUGAGGGCCUGCAGGCGACCUAUGUUGAUGCAUCAACAGCUAACAAGGAUGCAGAGCCGGUUAUCUGUCACACUCUUCCCUUACCUGAGGGCUUUCAGGUGGUGAAAGUAGGUGCCAAUGGAGAAGUCGAGACUGUAGAGCAGGAGGAGCUUCAGGCAGCUCACAGUGAGCUUCAAGGAGCAAGGGCUGAGGAGGAAGGGGAAGAAGAAGCAGUAGAAACCCCUGUGCCUCAGCAAGAAGACCAAGAAUGGGCCAAGGACCCAGAAUACCAGCCCAUCACUAUGGUCCGCAAAGGAAAGAAGGGAAAGAAAAGCCGCCUACGCUAUGGGGAGGGUGACCGUGACAUGGACGUUUCUGUGUACGACUUUGAAGAAGAACAGCAGGAGGGACUGCUGUCAGAGGUGAAUGCAGAGAAAGUUGUCGGCAACAUGAAGCCACCAAAGCCCACCAAGAUCAAGAAAAAGGGAGUAAAAAAGACUUUUCAGUGUGAGCUUUGUAGCUACACUUGUCCAAGGCGCUCCAACUUGGACAGACACAUGAAGAGCCACACAGACGAGAGGCCACAUAAAUGUCAUCUGUGUGGACGGGCCUUCAGAACAGUUACACUUCUGAGAAAUCACCUGAAUACACACACAGGCACUCGGCCACAUAAAUGUACAGAUUGUGACAUGGCAUUUGUGACCAGCGGUGAGUUGGUGCGUCAUCGUCGUUACAAACACACACACGAGAAGCCCUUCAAAUGCUCUAUGUGUGACUAUUCUAGUGUGGAGGUGAGUAAGUUGAAAAGGCACAUCCGUUCCCACACAGGAGAGCGACCCUUUCAGUGCAGUCUGUGCAGCUAUGCUAGCAGAGACACUUACAAGCUAAAGAGACACAUGAGAACACAUUCAGGGGAGAAGCCGUAUGAGUGCUACAUCUGCCAUGCCCGGUUCACACAGAGUGGCACCAUGAAGAUGCACAUUCUGCAGAAACACACAGAGAAUGUGGCCAAGUUUCAUUGCCCUCACUGUGAUACUGUCAUUGCACGUAAAAGUGACCUUGGUGUUCACUUGCGGAAGCAGCACUCAUUUAUUGAGACGGGAAAGAAAUGCCGUUACUGUGAUGCUGUUUUUCAUGAGAGAUAUGCUCUCAUCCAACACCAGAAGACUCACAAGAAUGAAAAGCGUUUUAAGUGUGAAAUGUGUGACUACUGCUGCAGACAGGAACGCCAUAUGAUAAUGCACAAGCGUACACACACAGGAGAAAAGCCAUUUGCCUGCAGCCAGUGUGAUAAAACUUUCCGCCAGAAACAGCUUCUGGACAUGCACUUCAAGCGCUACCAUGAUCCAAACUUUGUCCCCACUGCCUUCGUCUGCAACAAGUGUACCAGAACAUUCACCCGCAGGAACACAAUGCUGCGUCAUGCUGAGAACUGUACGGGCGAAAUGAUUGAAGAUGAGAAUGGAGCUCCAACACCCAAAAAGGGCGGUCGCCGUGGCAGGAAGAGGAAGAUGCAGUCAAGAGGAGAAGAUGGUGAUGAUGACGCAGAGAAUGAAGUGGAUGAGGAGGAAGAGGAAGAGGACAUUUCAAGUGAGAUUGAGGUUGAUCAGGCCCCUGCCGUGGUCCCCAUCCCUGCACCUGUUGAGCCACCAGCCAAGAGAAAACGUGGACGUCCCCCAAAGAGCAAACCAGAUACGGCUGCUAUCAUUCGUGUGGAGGACGAGGCCACAGGGGAAGUUGAUGACAUUAUUGUCAAGAAGGAGGCUGGAGCUGAACCAGAUGACCAGGAGGCUGAGGAGGUGGUAGUUGGUGGAGGUAAGACCACCAUUCAAAUGGAGGAACUGUCCCAGGAAGAGGGAACAGAACAAGGAGAGCAGCUGUCUGAGGCCCCACCUAAUGGAGACCUGACUCCUGAGAUGAUCCUCAGCAUGAUGGACCGGUGAUGGAUGAGUCCGUUGAAGCCUGUGAACAUACACAGACCAUCAAUGACGUUUUAACCCUAGGCAUUUGAGAUGACGAACACCUAUAAUCUGGCAUAGUAACAAACAUCACUGUUAUUUAAGAUUUGUUUUUUAAUCAUGUAUUGAUAAAAUAGUUUGAAAAGAUUUUUAAUGAGAAUUUUCCUACCAAAAAAAUUGCAUUUUAGUACAUUUGAGUUGACUGUAAUGGACUGCAGUAUCUUUGGCCCUUUAUUUUUGACAUUUCCUCUGUAAUAAGGGUUAAAAAAAACACACACACAAAAAAAACAGCUCUGCCUCAUUAUCUACAUGACAUAAUCUCUUGUAACUACAUUUUGGCCAAGUAGCCCACUAAAUGUUUUAUCAGAGUAGACUAUGUCUUUAUUAGAUAUUCACUGUGCAUGCUUUCACAUAAAAAAUCCCAGUAAUGUUUUUCCAUCUCAUCCUAGCAAGAUUUUUUUAUCUGAUGCCUCUGUGCUUUUGGGUUAUAUUUGUAGAUACUGUAGUAAACUGGCUGUACUUUUUGCCAUGUGUAACAUCCUCACUGAAGAGCUCUCUUAGCCUCUCAGUUGGAAAGAUUUGUUUUUUAAGCAGCAGAAUAUUAAGGAAGAAAAUACUUUUUAUCAAAUUCUGGUUACUGAGAAAUCGCAUGUGAAAGCUAUCAGAACUACAGAGGUGGCUCCCUGAAAGAUUAAACUGCCAUGAGUCACAGCCACUCUCAGAGAAACCUUUUCAACAUCUUCAUAUUUUGGGCCCUUUUUUGGUGGUUAGUAAAUCCUUUUUAAGCCUUUUAUUAGUUUUAAAAGCUUCAUAGACUUGUUGCUCAUUUUAUACUUUUUGUGCCCUUGCUUCAGUAAUGUGUAGAUGAUGCUCAUGAACCUAAGUGCAAGGAAAGAACUGUUUUUGCUCCUUUGUGUAGCCAUUCCACCUUGGGUUGUUUUCCUUUUUGUACCAUUGUCAAUGCAAUGCUGUGUAGAAUGAAUGACGUUUUAAAACUGGCUAAAACAACAGAUGUAUGAUCGUACAACUAAUAAAAAAUAGACAUUGAGACUGAUAUUUUAGGUUUCUAAAGUCUCAUGAAUAUUUUUCUGGUUUGGAUAAAGUAGAAUUUCAUGGUAGAUGUACAAAAAGAAAUGGUUGUUGAGUCAUUGUUUAUUUCAAAUUGCUAAGAAGCAGUUUUAACACAGAUGUCCAUGUAUUUUGCUUGCAUAUAUAUUUUAUUAAAAGGACAACUUCAUAUUAA